UCAGAGGGAGCAACUCUCGGCCUGCCUUCGAAGCGAGAGGAGAUGGCAGGCGCCCAGACAGGACGACAGAACUGCGCCGGGUGCGGCAAACCCAUCAGCGACAGGUAUAUGCUGCGCGCGCUGGACCUCCUCUGGCACGAGGACUGUUUGAAGUGCGGCUGCUGCGACUGCCGACUGGGGGAGGUCGGCUCCUCGCUCUACACAAAGGCCAACCUGAUACUCUGCAAACGCGACUACCUCAGACUGUUCGGGAGCACAGGAUACUGUUCGGCUUGCAAUAAGGUAAUACCUGCCUUCGAAAUGGUGAUGCGAGCAAGAAACAACGUCUACCAUUUGGAAUGUUUCGCCUGCCAACAGUGCAACCACAGGUUUUGCGUCGGUGACAAAUUUUACCUGUGCGAUAACAAGAUAUUGUGUGAGUACGACUACGAGGAGCGUCUGGUGUUUGCUUCGAUGACGUUCAACCCGACCGCCAUCGCGCACAUCAAACGGUCCACGUCCCAUCUGCCGUGUCCCACCACCACGGCGUCUGGCCCGACCCACAACCUCUCACAGCCGCAGCAGCAGCAGCAGCAGCAGCAGCAGCCGCAGCAGCAGCAGCAGCAGCGGGCAACCGGCGGGGCGGCUCAGUACACCCAGCCGCCGCCACCGCCGCCGCCGCCGCCGCCGCCGCCCGGUACGGUGACCCUCGCCCCGCCGGCAGCGGAGGUGACCUCCCUCAGUAGCGGAUAUGACAGUCCCGACUCGCCGCUGCUCGACAAGUGAACGACAGAGGUUAGAUCAGUGACAGGUGAAUCUGAAACAUUGCUGGAUAUCAGGUGAAGCUCGGAGUGAUUGACGGAGGAAUCACGGAACGCUGCUGUAUGUAUGUAUGUACAUACAUACCAUGCCGAGCUAUGAAACACUGUUGUAUUUACGGCAACUAAAUCGUGGAACACCGCUAAACAACAUUAAGUGGAAGGAAUGGUCAACACGGGAACACCUCCAGACAUUAAACAGGGGGUAGGUAUUAAAUACUGAUAAUUCUCAACAUUGAACAGCAAUGGACGAUGGACAGUGAACAGUAGAACAAUGUUCAGCGAGCGCUAGAGCAGUUGCUCAGUGAACGUCGGAUGGCAGGGUACUUUGCGACACGACAGCGUAGGAUGUUGACGUUUACAAUAGUCGCUCCGAUAAACCCAUGCAUUUGGUCAGAACAUGUGAAAACAAUGCAGUGGUAUGGUACUUACGCGGUCGUGAGUAACUACGUAACUAUUGCUGUGUUGCGUGAUGUUCAGAAAGGAUGAUACGAAAUGAAACGAAGGCAGGCCCACAAGGUGUGAGAAAUAUGGCAUGUGAUCGAUGUGACAUGCUCGAACCAAGAUGAACGAUAGCUACGUAAAGUUUAAGUGAAUGUGCCAACAAGUUACGAUAGUGACAGCAACCGGUGAAUUCAGAUGUGUGGUCACAGUUUUUUUAGAGCGGGGUUACACGUGUCUACCCUUAGACACAUUUGCAGCGCUGUUUAUCUAGCUCAGUGGCAUCUUCACUCCAUAUGUGUUGGGUGUUGAAUUGCUGGGCUAUGUCAAAUUGAAACGGGUCGUGCAAGCUUCGUAGCUCAUUCUUUUUAGAACGUUUUAGCAAUGUUCGUUUUUAUGUUCAACUAGAUAUUUUCUGCCUGGAGCCUGGAUGAGUUGUAUGUUCAUUGUGCAUUAUUGGUCUCAAUUGGUUGUGACAGCUUACACGUAUUUUUGCUGUGGGCAUGGGUUCGUAGUACAAACAUGGUCCAAAGAGUCUCCGAGCAUGCUUGACAUUGAUGUGUUAUACAGUUUCUUCCAGUAGUCUAGCCACAUAGGCAACUAGCGAGCAACGCUAGCGUUCUAUCAUCAUUUCAACAUUAUGACAGUUCAUCGCUAGUCUGGAUUGCGUCUGGGCGUGGAAGUAUGUGGAAUUCGCUUGUAUCUGUGUCACAUGCGCUGCAACUUGACGUUAUUUCAUUGCGUCCCGCAUAGCAUAUCCUAAGGCUUGUUGAAUGCGUUGCGUUAAAUCGAAUUCUAGUCGUUUACAAUGCUGAGGUGGUGUUGUGUAAAUACACUGAUCCCAAUUGGUUA